AUGUGUUCAGGUGCCGAUGUACCCCAAGAGCAAAAAGCAGGAUGGGCAAGUUUCAUCAAGAGUUUAGCUCAAAUGACUGGUGAUCUCAGUUCGAUGACUGCUCCACCUUUCAUCCUCUCUCCCACUUCUCUUACAGAAUUCCCCGCAUACUGGUGUGAACAUCCUAACCUCUUUGCGGAGAUAUCAGAGGGCAAGACCGAACAAGAUAGGAUGGAGAGAGUCUUGAGGUGGUUCAUUGAUACUCUUAGUGCUCAAUAUACCACGCGUAAUGAGAAGAUGGGUUCAGAGAAGAAGCCCCUUAAUCCAGUCCUUGGGGAGUUGUUCUACGGUAUCUGGCCGGAUCUCAGUGGUAGAGGAGAGACUCGAUUGGUCGUAGAGCAGGUAUCGCAUCACCCUCCUAUCACCGCUUACUACAUCGAAAACGCGAAAGCAGGUGUCAAGCUUCAAGGUCAUUCUGGUCAGAAGACAUCGUUCACUGGUACUGCUAUCAAUGUGAAACAAUCCGGCCACGCUGUUCUCACCGUACAACCUAAGAAUGGACAAAAGGAGGAGAAAUACUUGAUUACCCUUCCGAAACUCCGAAUCGAGGGUAUCAUCUGGGGGUCACCUUACAUCGAGUUGACCGACACCAAUGCCAUUCAAAGCAGCACAGGUCUUACUGCGCAGAUCGACUACAAAGGCAAAGGUUACUUCUCUGGUAAAUCCCACUCUUUCAAAGCGUCCAUCGCCAACGCAUCGGGUAAAUCACUUCAAACGUACGAAGGGCAAUGGACCGGUAAAUCCCACAUCGGAGGAUCCAAAGGUCCGAUCUUCCUUGACACCACUGUACCCAAGGAGGAGGUCACCGUCAGGGAUGUCUCUCAGCAGACUGAAUGGGAAAGCAGGAAACUCUGGGUCAAUGUCGCUAAGGGUAUCAGAACCGGUAAUUACGAUGAGGCUGGUAAAGAUAAGACGAGAAUAGAGAAUGAACAACGUCAAAGACGUAAAGAUGAGACUACUAACAAUACCACUUGGGAACAUUUACACUUCACCCAUGUCGAUUCCGAUUCGGAUUACCAGUUCUUAUCGGCUCUGUUGCAUGACAAGCUGACCCCCGCUCACGAAGAUGCUUAUGUGUUCAAACCGGAGACGAUGGACGUUGUAGGUAGAUCUGCUUAA